UACAUCCAAUAUGGCGGCCAGCAAACGAGUGCUUUAUGUCGGUGGCUUGGCGGAGGAGGUGGAUGAAAAGGUGUUGCAUGCUGCUUUCAUUCCCUUUGGAGACAUCAUAGACAUCCAGAUACCUCUAGACUAUGAAACGGAAAAGCACAGAGGAUUUGCAUUCAUUGAGUUUGAGCUGCCAGAGGAUGCCGCAGCAGCCAUUGAUAACAUGAACGAGUCUGAGCUUUUUGGACGGACCAUCCGUGUCAACAUCGCUAAGCCCAUGAGAAUCAAAGAGGGUUCUUCUCGACCUGUGUGGUCGGAUGACGACUGGCUGAAAAAGUUCUCAGGGAAAACUGUGGAGGAAGCUGAGGCAGAGGCAGCAUCAGGAGAGGCAGCCACCACAACACAGGAGGGUGAGCCACCAGCUAAAAAGGGCAGAGUAAAUCCACAGGUCUACAUGGAUAUAAAGAUCGGAAACAAGCCAGCAGGAAGACUGCGCUUCCUCCUCCGGGCCGACAUUGUUCCAAUGACAGUAGAGAACUUCCGCUGCUUAUGCACACAUGAAAAGGGCUUUGGCUACAAGGGCAGCAGCUUCCAUCGCAUUAUCCCUCAGUUCAUGUGCCAAGGAGGAGACUUCACCAACCACAACGGCACCGGAGGCAAGUCGAUCUACGGUCGAAAGUUUGAUGACGAGAACUUCGUCCUCAAACACACAGCUCCAGGCCAGCUCUCCAUGGCUAACUCUGGACCAAACACAAAUGGCUCUCAGUUCUUCAUCACAACGGACAAAACUGACUGGCUGGAUGGGAAACACGUGGUGUUCGGAGAUCUGGUGGAGGGGCUAGAUGUGUUACGUGCAAUGGAAGCUCAGGGGACGAAGGAUGGCAAGCCAAAACAGAAAGUGAUCAUCUCAGACUGUGGGGAAUAUGUCUGAUCAAGUUAUACACUCUGUUUGUUUGUCUCUGAGAUGCCGAUGUUUUUCUACAACCAAGAGUUUUCAUGGCCAUUCUAUUUCGUUAACAGCCUCCUCUGUUGUCAUGUAAAUAUUUCAGUAAACUCAUUUUUUAAAAUAAAAUCAAAACUGAAUAAACAUUUUUAAGCAAAUGGUGGCUACGCACUCUAUGAAUGCUUGGGUUG